CGUUUGACGACGUGCAGCUAUUGUUCUUCAAGUUUAACGGCCUCACGAAGAAGCCAUGUUCACCGUCUGAUUUCAGACUUGGUUGGCGCGACGACUCACGACGAACGUCGCGGAUAUGAGCGUCGAGGCGCUUAAAUGACAUCCCGAGCCGACGUCAUCGCAGAUGCCGUCAUCACACAGUUCAACAAACUACCGAACAAACGAAAACCCGCCAUCCGCGACAAUGGCCUUCAUGAGUGGGUGCCCCUGAGUGGCAUCGUCGCCGAGAAAGAUGGAACUUUCACUUGCGUCGCCCUUGCGACGGGCAUGAAAUGUCUCCCCGCGUCAAGGCUGCCCGAGGCCAAUGGCAAUGGCAUCCACGAUUGGCACGCGGAAAUCCUGGCCAUACGGACGUUCAACAGGUUUUUGUUGGACGAGUGUAAAGCUCUGAGUCAAGGUAAAGCUGGCACCGGCUCUGGUAUGCUCGUGAGCUGCGACUCUACGCCGAAGGCAAGCGGGUCUGUAGCGCGACCUCCGUUCUACGUCAAGGAGGGAAUCAAGCUUCACAUGUACUGCUCAGAGGCGCCCUGCGGCGAUGCAAGCAUGGAGCUCAUCAUGGCUGCGCAAGACGAUGCCUCCCCCUGGCCGGCCCCAGACCGUCCAUCCUCUCCCAACGCCGGCGGCAGCGAUGCAACGUUGCCCGGGCGGGCGUACUUCUCGCAGCUCGGCAUCGUCCGCCGCAAGCCCGCGCGAGGCGACGCCCCUCCUACGCUUUCCAAGUCGUGCUCCGACAAGCUGGCGCUGAAACAGUGCACGUCGCUACUCUCAUCGCUAGCAGCGCUCCUCAUCGACCCGGCGGGCGCGUACAUCGACACCAUCGUCCUGCCCGCGUCGCAGUACUCGAGCACCGCGUGCGAGCGCGCAUUUGCUGCCGCGGGGCGAAUGGGCGCGGUGACCGCUCGCGAGGACUGGUCUGAUGGGUAUGCAUUCCGGCCCUUCGUGGUGGAGACGACAACUAGGGAGUUUGGGUUCUCUCGGCGGGCGGUACAGGCCCGCGCGGAGGGCAUCUCGCCUAGCAAUGUUGCCGCGGCGUGGGCGCUCUCAGGCGUCGAGGAAUCGAUCCUUGGUGGCGUGGUGCAGGGGAAGCGGCCGUUUGACCCGCGGGGGGCAAGUCGCAUGUCACGACGACAAAUGUGGGUACUGGCCAGAGACGUUGCCGGUCAGCUACGCGGUAGCGACAACAUCAGGCACAGUCUAGACGGCAAAUCGUAUCACGAAGUAAAGCACGGGCCGCUCCUAGCCGCGAGGAGAGCUGCCAAGGCCGCAACCCGUAGCACCGCACUGGCCGGCUGGGUGGUCAAUGACGGAGACUCCGACUUCGGCGCAGACGUCGAGACAUGACGAAAGGGGUCGAACGUCUGAAGAGAUUAGUCUUUGUCUCUUGAUGUGAAGUUCCUCGAUUUUGUACAAAGCAAUCAACCGAGAC